UGGACCGGGACGGGCUAGGGGGCGGAGGGGGCUGGCACCUCCCUGGAGGGCAUGGGGAGGAGGCCUAGGGCAGUGCACCUGAAGAGCUCACAAGCUCAUCCUCCACUCGCUUUUCCAGUCUUUGGGGGCUGACUGGGUACCCCACUCCCUGACGGCAACGCUGGGCUUAGCAGCCGGCCUUCCUUAUCCUACGUCCAGUCUCGUUUGGAGGCAGGCAGCACAACCCACCCACGACGAGAAGGCCCCGAGCCCGCAGGUGGCGGGUUCGUGCCGCCAGCCCUGCCCUGCCCUCUCCGGGCUCCUGGGCUGGGGUACGUAGAAGCAGGCCCUGAGUCUGGGGCACGCGGCUCUGCGUGGGCAGUGGCACUUUUCGGGGGACGCUGCAUCCCUCCACCCAGACAUUCCCUGAUGCCCUCCAGCCGCUCAGCGGCCUCCCAGUGCCGGGCCGACUCGCGGGCUGCGGCAGCAUCGGGGCAAGGCCAGGUGCGCGUCACGGCCUCCCCGGCCAGGCCUUCAUUCCUCGGCCCCCGCGCUUCCCCUGCCCGCGGCCGCGGCUCCGCACGCCUGCGCGCACUGUCAGGACCACUCUCCGGCGCAGCGCGGGGCCGGGCGCGCUCCCAUCAUCCCCCGCGCCCCGCUGCCUAGCUGGCAGGGCCCGGAGGCGCCUGCGCGGCCUCGGCUCCGCGGAUCAAGGCGCAGGCGCAGCCCGGCUGGGAGGCCGUCGUGGGCGCGCAGGGAGUCGGCGCAGGGCGUACGGCGCGGCCGCGCGCUCGCAGGGAGCGUGACUGCGCGACACGGUCGCGCUGGGAUCGCUUCUCUCCUCCGCGCGGGCUAGCCUGACUGGGGCUGAAGGGUGACACCUGGGACUCUCGCCCUGGGAGGGAGACGCGGCCGCACCGUCUCUGAUCUCAGAUUCGUGGGCGCCGCUCGCCGAUCCUCGCGCAGCCGCAGAUCGCCUCGGAUGGUGGCCUGCGUCCAGCAGUCCCACAGCUCCUCCCAGCUCUCCUGAGGCCGCAGGUCAGCUCCCCUGACCGUCAGCACUUGCCUGGACCGCCUGGGUUUGCCGCGCCCCUCUGUGGCCCAUCUCUGUCCUGCUGCGUCCUCUAUGCUGCCUCGGUCCACCCUUGCCCCUGCACCGGCUCUUUCUCCCCUCUUGCUUGUAGUGGGUGUGGCAGCUCCGCUCCACUCCCAGCAUGCCUCGUGGCCAACGCCUUCAGCAGGGCCCUCACAAUCCCAUCCAGGCAGCAGCAAGUUACGCCAACACACACACUUGGCACCAGAUGGACUGGGCCUCUCCUGAGGUCACCUAUACCCCCGUAGCAGACCACUGGAUUGAGCAGCCCUGCUGUGGCGACCCUGUGUGUAUGCGUAUGACUAUGGAGCAGAAGAGCAGGGUGAACGGUGCUUCUGGCAGUAAGCCCACAGAAAGGGGGCCAAUGGCUGUGUGCCUUUCUGGCCCACAGCCCCUCAGUGAUAACCACUGGGCACCAGGCUUGGACCCAGGCACCUUCAGUGGCUCCCCAUGGAUGCUGGACUGCUUUUUGGUCCACUUCUACAUGUACUUCCACUUUGAGCACUACCAGGACAUCCUCGGCCACAUCUGUGAGAUCAUUGGGUGCCAGGUGUGGGUGGCCCCCGACCUUGACAGGCACCUUAGCACUGUGUCUGACGAUUAUGAGCUCUUUUGCCAGGAUCUUGAGGAAGUUAGUCAAGACUUGAGCGGUUAUGCUGAGUACCAUGCACAGUACCCCGCUUCUUUGCCAGCUUCCAGCCAGCCACCAGUGGCCCUGCAGCUACCUGUGGCAAGACAGUACUUAGCUGGGUUCCUGGGGACCCCGGCACUCAACAUGGGGACACCCCAGGCCUGCCCCAGCUGCUCUGGCCAUUCCUGCUCUUCCUAGUCCCAGCUGCCUGAGCAGCAGCUGGCCACAGAGAGCAUCCCUGGGCCCACGGAGCCCACAGCCUUGUCCACGGCUGCGUGUAGCACUGCUUCUGGUCUGGUGGGGCCUGCCUCCUCCAAGCAAGGAGAAGGGCCCCCAAAUCUGUCUCUACUU